UGUAAAUGAUUUACUUUCUUUAAUAAUUCUUGUGGGGAAAAAGAUUUAGGCCAGAAUGAAUUUCAUAUCUUCAGGUUGCUUGACAGGAUCCACUCGCUCCAAGGGCAGAGUUUGGUGCUUUUACAUGAAGUGUCAUUUAUUUAACCACCAAUAGAAAGUUUUUCUGCUGUGUUUGUCUUUCCAGACCACUUUCAGGACUAUGUUGAAAAAGAAGAGGAUGUCUCUGACCAGCAGGAGAGGAAUUCCAGUUUGGACCAAGAGAAACCAGAACCUCUGCAGAUAAAUGAAGAGCAGCAAGAACCAGAACUUCCCUGGACAAAAGAGGAAACCAUGGAGCUCCCCAUAGACCGCCUGCAGGAUUAUGUUGGAAAAGAGGAGGAUUAUUCUGACCAGCAGGAGAGGAAUUCCUGUUUGGACCAAGAGGAAUCAGAACCUCUGCAGAUAAAAGAAGAGCAGCAAGAACCAGAACAUCCCUGGACAAAAGAGGAAACCAUGGAGGUCCUCAUUAGUGAGCAGGAAGAGCAGCUUGUUCUGAAGCAGGAGGCUGAAGAUAAAGAAGAGGAAACUUUCCCAUGUUUGACAUGUGGAGAAAACUUUCUUAAAAAAGAACAUUUAAUGGUUCACAUGAGAACUCACACAGGUCAGAAGAUUUAUGAAUGUCUGUCCUGUGGAAAAAUGUUCACAAAGAAAUCUAAUCUUGAUAGACACAUUAGAAUUCACACAGGUGAGAAGCCUUUUUCCUGUACAAUUUGUAACAAGAAUCUUACUGAAAAAAGUCAUUUGACUUCUCACAUGAGAAUUCAUACAGGAGAGAAUCUUUUUGUAUGUCUGUCCUGUGGAAAAAGCUUCACUAAGGAAUCUAAUCUUGAUAGACACAUCAGAAUUCACACAGGUGAGAAGCCUUUUUCCUGUUCCAUUUGUAACAAGACUUUUACUGAAAGAAAUAAUUUGACUACUCACAUGAGAAUUCACACAGGGGAAAGGCCUUUUGAAUGUUCGUCCUGUGGAAAAAGCUUCACACAGAAAUCUGAUCUUGAUAGACAUAUCAGAAUUCACACAGGUGAGAAGCCUUUUUCUUGUACCAUUUGUAACAAUAAUUUUACUGUAAAAAGUAGUUUGACUAAACACAUUAGAACUCAUACAGGUGAGAAACCUUUUGAAUGUCUGUCCUGUGGAAAACGCUUCACUUGUAAGUCUGAUCUUAAUAAUCACAUCAGAAAUCACACAGGUGAGAAGCCUUUUUCCUGUACUAUUUGUGGAAAAACUUUUACUUUAAAAAGUAUUUUGACUACACACAUGAGAAUUCACAAAGGUGAGAAGCUGUUCUCCCGAAUGAUUUGUGACAAAGGUUUCAAAUGAGGAGGUAAUUUUACAGAGGACAUUUAUUCAUGCAUGAUGUGGAAUGAUUUAUAUUUUUAAUAAAGCAUUUGUUUCACAUAAUUCACAGCAGUUAGAUGCCAUAGGAAAGAACAGUAGAGGUGUUUUCCAUGUUUGACUGGUGAUAAAAUGUCCAUAUAGAAACUCCUUCACCCCCUUACAUGAGAAACUCACAGGUUAAUGGCAAAGUUUUGUUAGUUAACUUAAUUAACAGUUCUGUUUACAUGGAAACUAGAACAGAUGAGAUGUUAUAUUGUAAUUCUAAUAAAUAUUCAGGUAUUCAGAAUAUGUGGAUGUGAAAAAUUUUAAAGUUAAUUAUUUUGAGUCUCAGUAAAUUUCAUUUAGUUGGCCAAAAUGAGAAUGUUGCCCUAACAAAAAGAUUUCUUACUUUCUCUGUAAUAAAGGAAAACAUCUUGGUGACAGAUGAAGCAAGUUUGCUAAACUAUUGGUUGGAUAUAUUCGAGAAACACUUUUAUUCAGAUUAAAAUAUCCUCAAAUGAAAGUAAAGCAAAGGUAGAACAGUUUUAAUGAGCUUUGCUCAGUUUUGCUGAUGUUUUUGGAGGAUUUUUUAAGAGGUCAGCUGCAAAUGAUGAGAGUUUAGCUAAUUCAGUGUCUUGUUGGCUUUCAUUAGCAAUGCAUCAAUCA